AUGGGGUACACAGAGCCUCUCAUCAAGCUGGAUGUCCUGAUCCACAAUUGCGGGAUUUUCUAUGCACAGCUGCAGAUGGAGUCAGCGGUGCCACUGUCGCGCAAAAUCUUGGCCAAGAUCUUCAAGCUUCCCGUAAGCCGACGUGGUCAACUGCUCGCGCAAGGGCCUAUGGGCAUCUUCAAGAUGUGGCGCGAGCGGGGCGACACCUACAACCUCAUAAACUACAUCUCCCAGGUGACAUUCUUGACGCCCUUGGCAUCGUUGAACCCGAGGAUGGGAAAGUGCCUCAUGUACAACGAGAAAGUGGCUGGGGAGAAGGAUCCCCCGGACCCGCCGGGCUCCGGCUGCUGCUGCCCCCAUACGCCGCCCCCGCCCAUGAUGGGCACCGCGAAGAGCAUCUUGGACCGGUACUGCAAGCGUAUCAAAGGAGAGCUCAACGUCUACGGGCGCAAGCUGGUAACCAGGCCGUCGCGAUGCAAAGACCUGUGCUGUGGAAAGGGCAUCAGAUGUGGCUGCGAAUGCUGCUGUUGCUGCCAACUGGAUGAACUGCUCACGGAGUUCAUCGUCACCACCCACCGCAUUUUGGUGGAGCAGCGCGCAGCGCAGCGCUACUGCCGCUGCACCGCGGUGUGCAGGAGACGGGACUCGACUGGGUCGACUCGGUCAAAACUCAUUGAGCCGCUUGCAACGCGGCGCUUGGCAGGUGAGGACACGUGGGGCAUGCAAAAACAGUUUCAGAUGUCAAUGUGGGUUUGUCUGCAUGAGAACCCCAAAUUGUUUGGAAUCUUAGAUCCAGAGUCUUGGGACCUCAAAACGGUCUGUUUUGGAAGUCCAAGUGCGUCAUGCCACAAAAACUGA